AUGCAGAACUCUGUGCCAGAGGGGUCCAGUGGAAUGAAUGAGUUCAUAGACCUGCAGUCCCAGCAGCCCCCUGGCUCACAGAAUUAUGGAGCUAUUGCACCAACUACAAGUACUGCUCAGUUCUUACAGACACCAGGAAACAUUUCAGCAAAGCGAUCUUACCUAGCAGUUGGUGUGCUGUGCUAUAUUAACUUACUCAACUACAUGGAUUGGUUUAUUGUACCAGGGGUGCUGGUAGAUAUAACGAAGUACUUCAACAUCAGUGAUAGCAGUGCAGGCUUACUGCAGACAGUCUUCAUCUUCUGUUUUUUGCUGUCUGCACCCUUCUUCGGAUACCUUGGUGACCGGUACAACAGGAAAGUCAUCCUCAGUGCUGGUAUCUUCCUCUGGUCAGGUGUGACGUUAGGCAGCUCAUUCAUCACUGAAUCGUACUCCUGGAUAUUCUUCUUUUCACGAGGAUUUGUUGGCAUCGGCACAGCCAGUUACUCCACCAUAGCGCCUACCAUCAUUGCGGACCUGUUUGAGAAGGACCAAAGGACCUGUAUGUUGUCUGUCUUCUAUAUCUUCAUCCCAGUUGGAAGUGGUCUUGGUUAUGUUCUGGCAUCUAGUGUAACACAGGCUGCUGGCCACUGGCAUUGGGCAUUCAGGAUAACUCCUUGCAUGGGUGUUAUAGCAGUGGCUCUUCUGAUUCUACUGGUCCCUGAUCCAACCCAGGAUGCAGCUGAAGGAGAUGGAGGCGAGAGCAUCACUAGCACAACUCAGGGAGCAGAUAAGAAGCCUGGUGCCCAGAGUACUGACAGCUCGACCUGGUGUGAAGAUGUCAAAUCCCUCAGCAAGAACCAAAGUUUCAUCUGGUCCUCAUUGGGUGUGACAGCGAUGGCCUUUGUGACUGGAGCCCUGGGAUUAUGGGUACCACUGUUCCUUGACAGGGCUCAGGUAGUCCAUGACCUUGUACCUCCAUGCCUUCAGGAGCCAUGCAAAUCUCCCAACAGCCUAAUAUUUGGAGGAAUUACCAUCGUGACGGGAAUUGUUGGUGUCAUCACUGGGGCAGGAGUUGCAAGAAGAUAUAAGAAGAUAAACGCUAAGGCCGACCCUCUUAUCUGUGCUGUGGGCAUGUUGUCCUCUGCCCCAUGUCUCUAUCUGUCUAUCAUGCUGGCCGCGCGGAGCAUCCUUGCUACUUACAUUUUUAUUGCACUUGGAGAAUUUUUUUUAGCCUUAAACUGGGCCAUUGUGGCGGACAUACUACUGUAUGUGGUGGUACCAAAGCGCCAGUCAACAGCUAUUGCCUUGCAGAUUUUCGUGAGCCAUUUGCUGGGAGAUGCAGGCAGCCCAUACCUCACUGGAGUGAUCUCUGAUGCUCUCCAGACCAGGCAGACUGACUCACACCUGGGCGCCUUCCGGAGCCUGCAGUACAGCUUCAUCUUGUGCGUCUUCAUUGGUGUCCUUGGGGGAGGCUUUUUCCUCCUGACAGCCCUUCAUGUUGAGGAAGAUCGUAAGGAAGCCCAGCAACUUUGCAGAGGUAUUGAGAACCAAGGCUACAUUUCAACUGAAGAUGGACUCCAGGAUGAGCCCCUCAAAGCAUGA